UACUGACCUCAUUAGACAUCAGAGCUACCAUACUGGAGAGAAACCCUAUGAGUGUAUUAAAUGUGGAAAAGGUUUCACCCAGUUCCCUAACCUUAUUCAACAUUACGGAGUUCACACUGGAGAGAAGGCUUUUCAGUACAGUUAUUCUGGAAGAGACUUUAUUCAGAUCUCUAACCUUAUUCAACAUUACAGAGUUUAUACUGGAGAGGAGCCCUUUCAGUGCAAAGAUUGUGGAGGAGGCUUUUUUCAGAUCUCUAAGCUUACUCAGCAUCAGAGAAUUCAUACUGGUGGAGAGAAAUCUUAUGUGUGCAAUGAAUGUGGAAAAGCCUAUGUUCAGGGCUCAAAUCUUAGUCUGCAUCAGAGAAUCCACACAGGAGAGAAACCAUAUGAGUGUAGUGAAUGUGGGAAGGCCUUCAGGCAAAGCACCAAUCUAACUCAGCAUCUGAGAACCCAUAAUGGAGAGAAACCCUAUGAGUGUGGUGAAUGUGGGAAAGCCUUUAGACACACUUCACCCCUCAGUCAACAUUGUAGAAUUCAUACUGGUGUGAAACCCUAUGAGUGUAGUGCAUGGAAAGCCUUCAAAUGGAGUACUGACCUCAUUAGACAUCAGAGCUACCAUACUGGAGAGAAACCCUAUGAGUGUAUUAAAUGUGGAAAAGGUUUCACCCAGUUCCCUAACCUUAUUCAACAUUACGGAGUUCACACUGGAGAGAAGGCUUUUCAGUACAGUUAUUCUGGAAGAGACUUUAUUCAGAUCUCUAACUUUAUUCAACAUUACAGAGUUUAUACUGGAGAGGAGCCCUUUCAGUGCAAUGAUUGUGGAGGAGCCUUUUUUCAGAUCUCUAAGCUUACUCAGCAUCAGAGAAUUCAUACUGGAGAGAUACAUUAUGAAUGUAAUGAUUGUGGGAAAUCUUUUAGUGAGUGCUCAAUCCUUAUUGAACAUUACAGAAUUCAUACUGGAGAGAAAUCUUAUGUGUGCAAUGAAUGUGGAAAAGCCUUUGUUCAGGGCUCAAAUCUUAGUCCGCAUCAGAGAAUCCACAUAGGAGAGAAACCAUAUGAGUGUAGUGAGUGUGGGAAGGCCUUCAGGCAAAGCACCAAUCUAACUCAGCAUCUGAGAACCCAUAAUGGAGAGAAACCCUAUGAAUGUGGUGAAUGUGGGAAGGCCUUCAGGCAAAGCACCAAUCUAACUCAGCAUCUGAGAACCCAUAAUGGAGAGAAACCCUAUGAAUGUGGUGAAUGUGGGAAGGCCUUCAGGCAAAGCACCAAUCUAACUCAGCAUCUGAGAACCCAUAAUGGAGAGAAACCCUAUGAAUGUGGUGAAUGUGGGAAGGCCUUCAGGCAAAGCACCAAUCUAACUCAGCAUCUGAGAACCCAUAAUGGAGAGAAACCCUAUGAAUGUGGUGAAUGUGGGAAGGCCUUCAGGCAAAGCACCAAUCUAACUCAGCAUCUGAGAACCCAUAAUGGAGAGAAACCCUAUGAAUGUGGUGAAUGUGGGAAGGCCUUCAGGCAAAGCACCAAUCUAACUCAGCAUCUGAGAACCCAUAAUGGAGAGAAACCCUAUGAAUGUGGUGAAUGUGGGAAGGCCUUCAGACAAAGCACCAAUCUAACUCAGCAUCUGAGAACCCAUAAUGGAGAGAAACCCUAUGAAUGUGGUGAAUGUGGGAAGGCCUUCAGACAAAGCACCAAUCUAACUCAGCAUCUGAGAACCCAUAAUGGAGAGAAACCCUAUGAAUGUGGUGAAUGUGGGAAGGCCUUCAGACAAAGCACCAAUCUAACUCAGCAUCUGAGAACCCAUAAUGGAGAGAAACCCUAUGAAUGUGGUGAAUGUGGGAAGGCCUUCAGACAAAGCACCAAUCUAACUCAGCAUCUGAGAACCCAUAAUGGAGAGAAACCCUAUGAAUGUGGUGAAUGUGGGAAGGCCUUCAGACAAAGCACCAAUCUAACUCAGCAUCUGAGAACCCAUAAUGGAGAGAAACCCUAUGAGUGUGGUGAAUGCGGGAAAGCCUUUAGACACACUUCACACCUCAGUCAACAUCGUAGAAUUCAUACUGGUGAGAAACCCUGUGAGUGUAGUGCAUGUAGGAAAGCUUUUGGUGCACAAUCAACUCUUAUUCAGCAUCGUAAAAUUCACGCAGGAGAGAAAACUUACAGAUGCAGUGAAU